UGCUACCAGCACUAACGUUACACAGAUCGCGGCAAAUCACGCAAGGUCAGCUGUCGUCGCACCACCUCUGCAGCAAACCAGUGCCACCAGCAGCACCACCACGGCAGCGAUAGCCAAACAACAACAGACCUUCCCGUCACAAACAUCAGCCCUCAGGGCUGAGGUUCUCUGGUGCCUGAACAUCGCAGCCAACCAUCAUUCAUAUAAUUCGAAUGAGGGCAUUGGGGAAUUGUUCGAAAACAUGUUCACUGACUCCGCUAUAGCCAAAAGUUUUGCGUGUGGCAAGGAUAAAACGGCGUACAUUCUUGGAUUCGGCAUUGCUCCACAUUUUAAGAAGCUUCUUAUAAAUAGCAUCAAUGAUUCCGGACAAUAUGUUCUCAUGUUUGACGAGUCUCUAAACCAGUCGGCUAAGAAGAAGCAAAUGGAUAUUCACGUUCGGUUCUGGAAAGAUGACCGCGUGACGUCUUCAUAUUUUGGGUCGCAGUUCCUUGGACAUGCAAGGGCUGAAGACUUGCUGCAAAGCAUUAAAGUAAGUUGAUAUUUUCUUGUUUGUUCUUUCUUAUUGUCGUUAUAUCCCUAUUUGAAGAUUUUUAUGUCAUAGUUAGCCUAAAAGUUAGUAGUUAAAGGGAUAGUUCACCCAAAAAUGAAAAUUCUGUCAUCAUUUACUCACUCUCAUGUUGUUACAAACCUGUAAAAAUUUCGUAGUUCUAAUGAACACAAAGGAAGAUAUUUUGAAAAAUGUUCGUGGACCCCAUUCGCUUCCAUAGUAGGAAAAAAGAAUACUAUGGAAGUAAAUGUGUUAUCAUUAAGAUUUCCUACUUUUAGCACUACUUUUGACGACACAACGUCCACUUGCUAUAACCUCCUCCUCACCCAUAGGAAAUCGAUCAAACCCUACACCUUUUGCUGUAUCUGGCAGUGCAACCCCAAACGCAACACGUUUUCACGUUUUUAACUAUUUAACUGUUCCAUUAGCCGGUUGGAUCUCUUCAGUUAGUCAGUAGAAGCCGCUUGCGUUCUGUCAUCUGGAAGUAUAUUGGUGCAUAUUGUUUACAAACAUUCUGAAAUGCUGUAUUAUUUUUUAAUAAACUUAGUUUUUUGUGUCAAUUCACAGGAAUGUGUUGCACAACUCAACUUGAGACACCUGCUGUCUGUCAGUAUGGAUGGCCCAAAUGUCAAUUUCAAGCUGCUGAAGCUCCUUCAGAACGAACAUUCAGAGCUUCAUGGGGAUGCACAACUCAUCAGUGUUGGCAGCUGUGGCUUGCACACCCUCCACAAUGCCAUGAAAGCAGGAUUCACAACAUGGCAGGUAGACAAACUGUUGCGAGCUAUGCACUACCUCUUCCACAAUGUUCCUGCCCGUAGAGAAGAUUACACUGCCACCACAGGAUCUUCUACUUUUCCCCGAUCUUUCUGUGGCCACAGGUGGGUGGAAAAUGUCCCUGUGGCUGAGAGAGCUGUCGACAUUUGGCCCAUGCUUUUAACAUACAUUGAUGCAGUUCAGAAGAAAAAGGUGCCAAACCCCAACACGGCGUCAUAUGAUACCAUAUUGGCUGCGCGGGAUGAUGAUUUAAUAAUUCCAAAGCUCCAGUUCUUCUUGUCAGUUGCACGAAGCUUCAACCCCUUCCUGAUCAAAUAUCAGACCGACGAGCCUGUGCUGCCCUUUUUGGCUAAAGAUCUGAAAGAACUCCUGAUGGCUUUACUGCGACGAUUUGUUAAAAGGGAACUUUUAGAGGACCGAAGCUCACUGCAAAUGAUCACAAUCCAGGUAUCUGAUGAGAAGAACUGGGUCUCUCUUAAAAAUGUGGACAUCGGCCUGGGUGCUGAAUCUGCCAUCAAGGCCCUUCAGAGCAAAUCAGGAGGCAAGAUAGGGGAGCUUUCUGUGCUAACCUUCAGGAAAGAAUGUUUGCAGUGCCUUGUUAAGGUAGUCAGGAAAUUGCAGGACAAAUCCCCCCUAAAGUUUCCUAUGGUUAGGCAAAUUGGAUGCCUUGAUCCCACAAGAAUCCACCAAGAACCGGAGUGGUGCAUCAAGCAAAUGAAGAGUGUAGUGCAGACAUUCCUUCAGGGAAAGAAAUUGACAGGUGGCAUUCCAGCAGGUGAUGUUAUCAUUCAGCAGUUUGUAUCCUUGACCUCAGUGGAAGGACGAGAUGAACGUUUCCUGGCCUUUAAACCAAUGAAGGACCGCCUUGAUGUGUUUCUUUACACAACUCUCAGCACAUCUUACCCUGACUUACUACAGUUUUGCAAGAGUCUCCUCCUUCUAUCCCAUGGCCAAGCCACAGUUGAAAGAGGAUUUUCAAUUAACAAAGAGGUGGAAACAUGCAAUCUCCAGGAUAGAACGCUGGAAUCACUUCGAUUAGUCUGUGACCGGAUCAGCAGUUGUGGGGGCAUUUUAAAAGUGCCUCUGACAAAGGAGCUCCUUGCCUCUGCUUCAUCUGCAAGAUCUCAGUAUAGACUGUACCUGGAGAAUGAAAGAAAAAAGAAGGAGAGUGCCGCACAUGCUCUAAAGAGGAAGGCAGUGGAGGAGGAGCUUUUGGACCUCAGAACCCAGCAUGAGGUACUAAGCCGUGUUUGUGAGUCACUUGAAAAUGAUGCAGACAAGUUGGCAGAGCAGGCUGAGGGGAAGGCCGGGUCCAAAAUGGCUGAAUUUAUCAUCAAGUCCAACACACUUCGCAGAAGGCAAAAAGAAAAAAAAGAAGAGCUUCGCCAACUGGAGGAAAGAAUUGAAGAGAAGUCUUCACAACGGAGACUUUUGUGACUGUGCCUCUCCCCUCCGUCUUAAUGUCACAAUUUCUCUCAUUCCCUCCCCUUUUUUCUCUCUCUCCCUCUGUAUCUCUCUCAGUCUGCCAGCUAAAGUUAUCUGCUGAUGAAUACAAGUCAAAUUCUUACAACUUCUCUCUUAAAAUUUGUUUUGGGACAUGUUCAAACUGCCAUUCAUCAAUGAAUGAGUCCAGUGUAAGUUAUUGUUACAAGUUACCCCUUGUGAUGUAUUUCUUGUGAUUAAAUAAAUUGUUUGUUGGGAAAUUGCUGUUUUGGGAUAGUAAUUCACUGCUUGUGUGUGUGUGUGUGAGAGAGAGAGAGAGAGAGAGAGAGAGAGAGAGAGAGAGAGAGAGAGAGAGAGAAUGUUUGUGGGUAAGUGUGGGUGAUGUGACACACUUUAUUAUUAAUCUUUAUUAAUGUUUAUGGUUGUUAAGUGUCAUUUGUUUUUAAGAAGUGCCAAGGUUAUCAUUCAACUUAUUAGGGCUAAGGGUUAUGGUUAGGAUAACUCAAGGGCUAGGGUUAAGGUAAGGACAACUGAAACUCAACUCGACACUUACAAAAAACAUAAUUGACAAUACUUAAUGAUCACACCUAAUAUGUAUGAUGGGUGUGACAGUGUCACACUUAUACCUUACAGUAAGUAGUAAGUGGUGCUCUCACCCCCUACACCCCCCCCAAAAGGGCUGCUGCUUGAUGUCGUAUUGGUAGUAAAAAAUUUGUGGAGGUGGUAAAAAAGGUAGUAAAAGGUAGUAAAUUCAUCUCUAUGAU